AAGCGCCAUCUUGCGGACCAAGUGGAAAUAACUCUCUCUCUCACCUUUUUGUUUCCUACCACUGCUGCAGAUCGUGAAUGCUUCUCUGUCAAGUAAAUACACUGAAAGGGCAAAAAAAGUCAUCUUCAAGUUCAGAAACGUAAUGGGAACUUAUUUUCAGCGGGAUGAGUCAGUGAAGUCAUUCUCAUAAAUUCUUGCUUGGUAACAAAAGACUAAAUAUUUAAAUGUUCGUUUAGAGUUUGCACUAAUAAUAAGAUGGGCAUUUAUGCGGCGGAGCACUGGUGCGUGCAAACUUAUUUUGGCUUUGACGUCAGGUAAGCGAAACACACAUCACAUCAUCCUGCUCCAGAGAGGGAGUGCGUCUGCUGAGGUGCGCACUCGGCGCGCCGCUCGGCCCGCCCGGACACUGCAGUGUAGGUUACCGUGCCAUCGCUGCGGCUGCUCGCUCCCGACACCACGUCCUGCUGCAGACUUCCCGGGCCCAGGGAAAACAGGGCAGAGGGGAGCGCUGAAAGCCAUGGCGGACUCCAACCCGCUGCGGGGGUUCCCCCGUCUGCGCCGGGCCGCGACCUCAUUUCCAGGCAACUUGCAUUUGGUCUUGGUUCUUCGCCCCACCGGCCUGUUAAGCACAACCCCCAGUCCAUCUUCAAGCACUGACCUGGGCUUUCGCUUUAGCCAGGAUGACUUCCUGUUAAAGAUGCCGGUGGUGAUGCUGCGUUCGGUCGGUGACCUGCUGCGCUACAUCGAUGAAAACCACCUGACAUCAGACUUUACUGCAAAAGUGGAGUACUGCCAAAGUGACUGGAUCGUCCUCCGCACGGCCAUCGAGACAUUUGCGGUGACAGUGAAGGAGAUCGCCCAGCUGCUGCAGGGCUUUGGAUCAGAGCUGUCUGAGACCGAACUUCCAGAUGAAGCUAGUGCCAUCGAGUUCCUGCUGCACUCACACACACACCGAUACCGACAGAUGAAGGAUGAUAUCCGGAAUGUGCUGAAAGAAGGACGCCUGCUUCUGUCGAACCUGGAAACUGUCAAGGCCUCUAAGAGAGAUGUAGAGGAGGAGAGGGACAUAAGAGCAGACAUGGACACUGUUCAGAGGCUCCUGGCCCAGCUCAGAGACAUGGAGGAGGCAUUUGAUGGCUUCUUUGAGAAACAUCACCUGAAGAUGCAGCAGUACCUCCAGCUGCUGCACUAUGAAAUGAGUUUCCAGCAGAUGGAUGAGGUGCUGGAGAGACUUACUGACCAGGAGAAGGACAUUGCCUUUGUGGGAACCACGGUGGUUCAGACAGAACAACUACUGAGAGACCUGGAGACGCUGGACAAAAGCGCUCAGGAGGAGAUGGCUCGAGCCCAGGUGGUGAUCCUGCAUGGUCACCAGUUGGCCGCCAACCACCACUACGCCCUGGCGCUCAUCGUCCAGCGCUGCAACGAGCUGCGACAUCACUGUGAUGUCAUUACUACUGCCAUACGCAACAAGCGGGCCUCGCUCACUCGAGCGCGAGACCUGCUGCUCCGCCUUGAAGAGGCCCUCCGAUGGUGUGACGAGGGCGCCUAUCUUCUGGCAAGUCAGAUGGUGGACAAGUUCCAAACCAGAGAGGGAGCUCAGGAGGCACUGCAGUACCUAAGCUGUCACCAGGAGAGGGCGCCGUCCGCACUGAAGAACAGCCAGGAUACUCUGAGCCUGGAGUUUGAAGCCAUACUUACCCCACAGCUGCAGUCCCAAAUUUUCAUGGUGACAGAGAAGCUGAACUCGGUGCAGUCCAUGAUCAGAAACAGAGAGCAGUGUCUGAAAAAGCUGGCGGAUGUACAGGUCAGACCAAUUCAGCUGGUGGCCCCGAGGCCCGAACCUGACCAGACCUCACAGCGCUGCAAGUCACCACUCUUCUCCCCCAAACAUGGUGUAGACUUUAACGUCCUAAACUCCAAGUUCUCCUUUGACCUGCUUCCUGGCAAGAGAGCUGCGAGGAAGAACAACAGCCAACGCAAGAUUGAGGUAAUGCAUGAUUUCCAAGGCAACCGCAGCUGUCUGUAUGGCCCCACCCUUGAAACAGAUUCAGAGGCAGAAGACAAUCCAGAGCAGGUCACACGCCAUAUUAUGAAGGAACUGAUAGCUACAGAGAGGAUCUAUGUGGACGAGCUGCUCUCUGUCCUUCUGGGCUACAGAGCAGAAAUGGAGGACCCGUCCAUGUCUAAUCUUCUUCCUUCAGCUCUACGCACCCAGAAGGACGUUCUGUUUGGCAACAUGCCAGAGAUUUACCAGUUUCACAGCAGGAUCUUCCUCCAAGAUCUGCAGGGUUGCCUGGAGACACCAGAGAGGGUGGGGUCUUGCUUCCUGCAGCGGAAAGAGAAGUUCCAGGUGUAUGAGCGUUACUGCCAAAACAAGCCUCGCUCUGAGUUGCUAUGGAGACAGUGCUCUGAUUCGCCCUUCUUUCAGGAAUGCCAGAAGAAGCUGGAUCACAAGCUGGGUCUGGACUCUUACCUCCUGAAACCAGUCCAGCGCCUGACCAAGUACCAGCUGCUGCUCAAGGAGCUGUUGAAGCACUGUACGGAGGAGCAAUACCGCUGUGAACUCCAGGACGCUCUGGACUCCAUGCUGGAGCUGCUGAAGUCUGUCAAUGACUCAAUGCAUCAGAUAGCCAUCACUGGAUAUCAGGGAAACCUCAGCCAGCUGGGCCGAGUGGUGAUGCAGGGCGGCUUCAGCGUGUGGAUCAGCCAUAAGAGGGCAGCAGUGCGAAUGAAGGAGCUGGCCAGGUUCAAACCCAUGCAGAGACAUCUCUUCCUCUAUGACCACGCCCUGCUCUUCUGCAAGCGCAGAGACGAGGACAAUCACGACAGGACGCCCUUCUACAGCUUCAAAUCCUGCCUCAGAAUGAGUGCAGUGGGAAUCACGGAAAAUGUGAAAGGAGAUGUGAAGAAAUUUGAAAUCUGGUACAGUGGCAGAGAAGUGGUGUACAUAGUUCAGGCUCCCACACUGGACAUCAAAGUUGCCUGGCUGACAGAGAUUCGAAAAAUUCUUACCAACCAGCAGAGACUGUGUCAAGACGAGGCUCCUUCUCUUCCACUUUCAGACAACCCCCUCUCUGACAGUGCAUCAGAGAUGUGUGUGUCGUGGGGCGGAGCGUCGGUGAGAGGCUGCUCAGCGUGUCUCCCUGUUCCUCACAGCUCCUCGACAAGAAGCCACUCCCACAGGUUCAGAGGGGAGGAGUCAAUACACACUAGCCCGGCCCACUCCGACCCCGUGGUUCACUCACCUCGACGCACUUGGCCUGUCCCUGCUCACUCAUUGGCGAUCUGUGAGGGCCUGGAGGACUGGGGUGUAGCUACAGACCUCUCCAACUUAUCAGACUCAGACGAGGAGGAUCAACCUGCUCCCCUGGUGGCGGGCAGAUACAGGGUCAUGGUAGAGAGCAGCAUGGCAAGCACUGAUGACAUUAUCUUUAACUCUGGUGAUGUCAUCCAGCUGCUACAUGAGGAUAUGUCAGGAAUGUGGAUGGUGCGGAAUAUAAGUCGUGGUGAAGAAGGGCGUGUUCUACCUGAGGACCUGCACAGGAUUCUGGGAGAGACCUGCUAAGAGCCAGUCAGAACAGAGGAUAGAUGACGCAUGUGUCCAUUCUCCUCCUGUUUUAGUCACGUCUUUGGCUCGCCUGUUCCCACAGACUUAUAUACUCCAUCAACUUCCUGGCCGAAAGGCAUCUGACUCUGUCGAGAUGUUCAUCAAACCUUCAGAUUGAAGCACAUCAACUGCAUAUUUUACUCCUCAAACUACUGUGGCACAUUCACCUCAGAAGGCUGUAAACUACAGAAUGAACCUCAGAGGACUGUAACAAUCAGCUCACAUAUGUGGGACCUCACAGAACCUGGGCCUUCUCUUUAUUUAUGUAUCUUUUCCAGCGUAAUACAGAAAAUUACUGAGGACAUUCAACAGGGGCUUUUAUUUCUAGUUAGAGGAUGGACUUUUGUUUAAGACUAUAUUUAUCGUUUCUAUUUUCUUAUAAAAUAUAAGAGAAAUCAUUCAUACACUUACUAACAUAUCAUGACGGUUCAUGUGCCAAAUUAUUAUGGAUUCUUUUUGCAUAAGAGAAUUGCUUUAUCUCAUGGUCUCAUUGUUUUCAAUGAAUUUACACCCUCUUUCUUUCCUACAGCCAGCUCUGUCAUUAGAGGGUAUGCAUGUGAUGUUACUGUAUGACCGAAAGCGCCAUUGGUUGCAAAAGUAAAUGUUUAGCAUCUGCUGGGUGCAUUCACUUGACAAAAAAAAACAAGGCAAGAAAAGAAAUUAGCAAAUACUGAGUCCCCAUGCAUAGCAACCUGGUUAGAGAUAUAUAUGUGAAAAUGUCAUUGCAAAGUCUCUAGACCAUUGACAUAUCAUAGCAGGAAAAGUACAUGUGUAAUUAAUAACAGUAAUGAAGGCUGCAUUCUAUUUAGACUUGGUCUUGUGCAUGGUGCCCCAGUGGGAAAUAACAAUGGAGCAGAUCCAUUGAAAUUCAGUUCCCAGUGUGCUUCUCCUGCUAUGACACGUGAUAAAAGUGAUCUACUGAUGCAGCCAUGGUAGAAGUUCCUACACAAGUGGCAGCACUGUUGGUCAGGCCUCAUAAUGAACUAUAUGGUACUGGGUACUGGUACUGAAAGCACUGCAGUACUCUGUGUAGGGAUACUAUACACUGGCUGUCAUUGUAGCUGGUGGUUGUAAUUCAGUUGUUUUCAGGCAGUGUGGUGAGCUCUGAUACACAAAUAUUUUAAAAGUGAGUUAACUUGCCUAUGUAUUCUUUACUUUUGCUGCUGUUUAUGGUGAUGAUGUGUUACUAUAUUUGUCAACUUUUUUUCCUUUAGAAUUUUUUUAUUUUUUAUUGGAGGUAAUUGUGCGACUCUUCCAACACAUGAAUGCCGUGCAGCUGUUAUUACCACUGUUCCCACUGAGAUGAUAGAAGCUCUUUGUUUCUGUUUGUUUGCUGCUCUGCAUGGACAAAUCACUGCACAUGCCUAUUGCUUUAUUUCUGCCUGUGCUGCUAUUUUACACCAACAGGGAAACUGUGCUUAGUGUUGGGUAGUAACUUUAAAUAUUGUAGAAUUAUAAUUGCCAACUGAACUACUGUAGUUGCAUUGUGCAUUCAUGAAAUAUUGAAUUAAUAUUGAAUGAAAUUUUGGGAGCUGAUAAAAUAUCAUGAGGCAAUUUUAAUAUCUUUAAAACUGCCUGGUUUUAAAAAUGCCCAUGCUGAUUUUAACAGUUAAGCAGCUUCCAAACAAAGUGUGAAAAGUGGAUUUUUUAAACACUGCCACUUUAUCCCCCUAUUUACUAAGGGUUUAUCACUGAGGAUAUAGUAUAAUUACAUAUGUUGUGGAGUCAACUACAGUUAACUGUGAAUAUGUAAAUGGUAUAUAACAACAUUUCAGAAAUAUUAAACACAACUUUGGACAACAGUCUAAAUGGUAACACUUGUUUAGACAGUCAGAUGUUGGCACUCAGCUAUCAAGUGACAAAAUGUACAUGAUUCCUACAGUAUUUGCUGUAUCUCUGGACUAUAAAUCGGAUCCUGCUUUAACACUAAACCUUAGAUUGACUUCAAUACUGAAUUAACAUUUAUUUUCAUGGUUUUUAACACCCACAGUGGGAAUAUUAUAGUCACUUGAUUAUGAGUGCUGGGCUGUUUAAAUAAGGUGUGUCUACUAAAACUCAUUAAUGAGUAACAUUUCAUCAUGUUAAAUUUAUUUGAAGUCCACCCACCACCAGCUAUACUGUAACAUCAGAAGUGAUUAAUGGAUUUGUUCAGUCAGGCUAUAAUAUGCCUUUCCCACAGUACCUUAAAGUGGUGUCUGCUACUGUUGCUCAUUUUGCACUUUUUUGAUAUUUUGAAUCAUUGUGAAAGCUUGUAUUAUAAUGCAUACUGUAUAUGAUUAUUUUCCAAAAUAUAAGCACAGGGUUAUUUAGUUUUAUUCAGCCUGACUAAUGUGAUUUGUUCCUUUUAUAACAUAGUUAACAAAUCCUAGUAGGCUUUCUGGCAGAGCUUUAUAAAGUAAAAGCCCUGAAUACACAGAGGUGUCAUCUUAGACCUCCUCUCUGGACUGUAUGUUGGCAUCAACAGUCUGUGGUUGAUUUAAAUGGGUGAGAUUAAUCUAUUAUUUAGGAUGCACUGAUUAACAGUAUCUUAUUGUUCAUAGAACGUGGUGAAAUAAUGCAAGGAGCAGAAGAACAGGAGCGAUGCUAUGGUGUUGC